GUUUAAGCACAGGGGUUUACCACCGUAAUGUCGGAAACGUAAAGUUAACCUAUUUAGCAAGACGUAUUCUGAUUCGCUGCUCAAUACAAACCUGUGAGUGAUAAGCCAAUCAUUUAUGUUCUCAUUGGUCGUUGACAGCAACCAACAUACACAAUCAGAGAUAUUAGAAAAGGAUCUCUGACACAAUAAACAUAUCGAGAGGUAUCAAUGUUUAGCUAGGAGUUUGGGGAAACUGGACAAUUAUUACCGAGCAAUGGUUAGCAAAGUUAUUUGGUGAGAAACACGAUUUAUGUAUAUCGUUCAGCCAGUUCAAUGACAACUGUCAGCUAAAAUGAAUCUGGGGGAUGGUCUGAUGUUCGAAGUUGAAAAUGGAAAGCCCAGGCUAAUUCUAACCAAUCAUCAUGGUGUUGAUACGAAGAAUCCAAAUAAGAUACUCUCUCGAACCAGACCACAAAAUGCUCUCAACUCAAAGAAGUUUCCCGAACCAGUAUCUGAGGAGCCUCUGAGAGUACAGAGGAAACGUGCAGAGAGGAGGAAGGCAGUCCCUAUUACACACACCGUGCCAGUCAAGAAUGACACUCCAAUGGUUGCAUCCAAUCAUACAAAACCAAAGGCCAAGGGCAGCACUGACCACAAUACCAAAGCCUUGGCCAAAGUGUCUUCAGCUAAAGGACAUGGGCAGAUAGCCACCGAUAGACCUCCAAAGUCCACUGUGAAGGACAGCUUGGUCUGUUUGACCAAUGAGCAGCUCCAACAGAUCCUCAGCACAAUCAACAACUCAACCAUUCGCUCACAGGAUCCAGAUGUACACAGCCAGCCUCAAACAGGAAAUGACGGGAACUCUAAAGAGGAUUGCCUGUUGAAUGGAACGGGGAGAAAAGGAAGUGCUGCACAUGUUAGUGGGAAUGGAAACUCACAGGAAAAAAGCGAGGAUGAAAGGUGGGCGAUUUGUGGUCAACCAUCUGGCCUGUUCAGUUCUCUGGGAGAAAGAGAGCUGGACAAAGAAGCACUGGAGGCCAAGAGGACACAAUGGAGGAAAGAACUAGAUGAACAGAUGGCUCUGAAGAAACAGCAGAAAGACCUGAGCAGACCAGAUGUCACGGCAGACCAUGGCCCCAGGGGAAGGGUGACCAUCACAUCCAAACCUGGUCCCGGAGAUGGUCACAUACACACCAGGAUGCUAGGAGGACCCGGUCUGGAGGACACAGACACACUGUGCUCCACUCAGAGCUACAGCAGUCACAGAGACCUCCCUUCUGCCAUCAGAUCUGCCUUCGUAGUGGGGGAGGCCACCCCAGUAGAACAUGCCUUCAGCGCUCAGAAGAAGGAGCAUCAUAGGAGGUGGCUGCAGGAUCUGGACCGUCAGAGGGAGGAGGACAAGCUGCGACACCGGCAGGAGAAACAGUAUCUCAGCCAAGCUGAGGACCAUGAGCGCUGGGCCAUGCACUUUGACUCCCCCCAGAUGAGAGUCCCUCUCCAGGCCCCCGUGGCUGCAGAGAGGGGCGAGUCAGAGCCCCUCAGUCAACAGAGGACCCAUUUUGGAGCCCUGUCUGUGGCCUGGGACGGAGCCAGCACCUACGGAGGGGACAGUCUUGGGAGAGCCAGCGUCGACAUCACUGGAGGAUUCCCACAGAAGGCAAGCCAUCUCCGUACCAUGACGGCCCUACUGGACCCAGCCCAGAUCGAGGAGAGAGAGAGGAAGAGAGUGAAACAGCUGGAGCAUCAGCGUGCCAUCGAGGCUCAGGUGGAGGAGAGGAGGAGGCAACGAGAGGCAGAGGAGGCCGUUCGCCUGGCUGUGGAGCAGGAGGAGGAGAGGAGGGUGGCGCAGGAGAGAGAGCUGCUACAGAAACAGUACCAGCUCGACACUCAGAGAAAGAGGCACACAGAGGAGCAGCACAGUCGUAAGCAGGAGGAGCUUUACCUGAGUGUUCAGCGGGCCCAGGAGGAGGCCCUGAAGGACAAGCAGCAGCAGAGGAUCAGAGAGCUGGCCAGGAAGGGACACGACGUCUCCAAGCUGCAACACUCUCUGGAGGGGGAACCUGUCUCCUCACGGGUCUUUAACACCAGCUCAGGACCAUACCACUACCAGACAGGGACAGGAAGGGAGAUGGACACCCUGAGAGAAGAGACUUGCAGCACCGCUUCCCUUAGGAAGGACAUGGCAGUGAAGUCUGAAGUGAACCCAGCAGUCAGGCCGGGCUGCACGUACACAGUGGAGGCUCUAGGUAAUCGAAGCCAGGCAGUGCAAACCCCAGACAUCCCUGUAGAGUACAGACCUCCUCCUCCCAACGCCAAGAGGUGCAGGCGGGAGGCCAGGCAGGAAGCACAGCUGGCUCAGAGGAACCCUCCUGGCCCCAGGGCGGGGAAGGAGAACGUUUGGCUGAACGACCUGGGAGUAGGAGAAGGUGGUGCAGGAGACCUGUACGAGGCCUUUGCCCGGACAGACCAAGGCCAGAGACACAGGGGAGGAGGUCGUAGGCCAGAGUGGAACACUCAGAGACCCAGUAAACCCUAUGUCCCGGCAUCAGAGCGCUACCCUGCAGGGCUACAACACACCAGGCAGGAGAGCCGCCUCCGCAGGCAGAUGGAACUCAUGACCAUGAUGGAGAGGAACACCAUAACCCCUCACCCCCCUGACCCCGAACCUGACCUCAGGCCUGCUGACCCCUCGCCACCACAAGCCAACUACCCUGCUAGCACUGCACAGGGCAGGAUAAAGAAUGGCAUCACAGGUGUGACACACGCCACGGCUGUUCACACUGGAAGAGUGCCCCCCAGAUCCCCUCCAGUUCCUGCUAUCAAACACCGCCUUCAGAACCAGUCCCGUGGCUCCCGCCUCCCUACACAGGCCCAUGGUUCGCUCCAGGACACAGACUGCUCCCCUCCUCCUCGGAGUACAUCCCCUAUCUGAGGACCGACGAGGUGUACCACAUGGAUCCCCGUGCCCCCAUCUCCAGACCCUCCACACAUCCACAGACAC